AUGCAGAAGAUGAUGACGAAGUCCCUCCUCCGCCUCCUCCCCGUCACCAGCUAUACCCCGCCGGCGAUCCAGCCACCACUGACAAAAUUGAAAAGUCCAAAGGGUUUUACACCAUUCGUACACCAUUCGUACACCGUUCGAGGCGUCGUCUACCCCGAAGGUCCCGCGCACGAGGAUAAGCUAAAGAAAACCAAACAGUGCGAACUGUGGCUCGACGACGAAGAGAACUGGGUGCUUGCAACAAUCACGCGCAUCUUCUCCACGUCUGUCCACGAGACGAACGAAAUGUUCAAGCAUUAUCAUGUCCAACGGCGGGACACCCCAACGGCGCCGCCCAUCGAAGACACCGCGGAAUUCCUGCACCAGGUGCAGCAGAUCGUGUCCGGGUCGAAGCCGACUGCCUUCGUAAAGCCCGCCGCGCCAGACUAUGGCGGGUGGUCCACGGUCAGCAAGACGCAGAUCCAAAUCGAACGCGACAACGACUUUCUCAUGAACGAGUCGUUACAUGCCGACAAUGCAAUGGGCGCGUUCAAUCCGUGGGGCGGGCGGUACAAGGGCAUUGCGCUCGACGGCGCGGACCCGCCCCGAGAGGACUCGAAGGACGACAUGGCUGUGGCCCCUGUAGCCUUUCAGAUCAAGAAGGGGGGUCGGAAACACCAAGGCAAGCACGUCGAUGUGUCGCUAAGCCGUGCUAAGACUUGGCAGCUCGACUCGUUCACGACGUCCAAGUCAUCGUAUCUCCUUCGAUAA